CAUAUUAUACAUCUUAUAUAAGUUCUGCAAGUUCCUAUGAUGGCCGAAAAGUGCGUUUGUGGAAUUAAACCGUGCUAUCUGUUCUUAGCAGGAGGAAGUGGAUUUCACGAGCGGGAAAAUAGAAUUGUUUUGUUUGGGCUAGGUCUAGAGGAAAACAAAAACAAACAUAAUAGAGCGCUUCGGUCUUGUGUUCUUGCAAAUAAAUAAAUAUAUCGAUUCUAAGAAACAUCAACGCGAGGACGACUUGCGUCCAGGGCGUUCAUGAAUAUUCAUGCAGGCUUGGUUGGGGGUAAUUUGUAAGCUAGCUGUUAGCUUCGUCUGUAUUUGAACUUCCGGUGUAACGUUUGUGCAGUUUAAAAAACGGGGCGCAUUUAAAAAACUCGACCUGUAGAUGUAUAGAUAGAUAGAUGCAGAUACGAGCUCAUGUUCAGUUGUAACAUAGCUAAACGUAGAGAAAGUAAAAAGGCUUACUGCAUGGUAACGGUAGCUAAGGAAGUCUUAGCAACUCCUGAACUGUAAUGAAACAACAGAGCUUUCACAGAUCUACAAAACCUAAAUUCCAAGUUUGUUUUAAAUCCACAGACCCAAACCUGGACAACGACGAGCACCAAAAAGCUGCAUCUAUAAGGAAACAUAAUAAAGACAGUGAGGCAGUUCAGAGGAAGCCCUUGGCUGGGCGAAUCUUUUAUUUGGAUCUACCAUGUAAUAAACGCAGCCAGGUUUUAGAAACUGAUCUCAAGAGCCUCGGAGGAACUGUGGAAAAGUUCUUCAGUAAAGAGAUUCGAUACUUGGUGUCCAGUAAACCCGAAGCUCGGCAUGUACAGCGGCUCGUUCAGGACUCCCCGGUGCCGAGUCCAGACUCGGGCCUCAGCUCCCCUCAUCCUGGCAGCAGGAGGGAUAGUCAUGGGCCCAGAGGCAGCUCACAAGGACCUGCUGACACUAUGGUCGCAAGCCGAGGGAAAUCCUUAGUGGAGAAAGUCGUUAAGGAACAAGAGCGUAUUCAGAUGAACAGAAUCCUGGCCAAUGCACUUGAAUGGGGUGUAAAAAUCCUCUACAUUGAUGACGUCAUUUCAUAUAUCGACAAGAAAAAGAGCACAAUUGCCAAAGUCAGAGCAGCGGCUCACCCGGUAAAGAAAGCUGCCAAACCUGAGCCCACAGAUGGGACUGCUUCUCAGAAAUGCAACCCUGGACGAAUCAGUCGCCCCUUCAUUAAAGUAGAGGACUCCAGCAGACACUACCGUCCCAUCUAUCUCCCCAUGCCCGACAUGCCUGUGUGUAACCUCAGAUCGGCUGCCCCUUGCAGUCCGUUCUUGGUAGAACACGAUAAAGAUGUCCCUGGGAAAAAGACCAAAGUGCACGGGUCUGGAGUAGAUCGACGGGAGAAGAGCAGGAAAGACCGACACCGAGGCCGUGAGGGAAAGGGACGAAGGAAAGGGGGCUACUGCGAAUGUUGCAUUGUCAAAUAUGACAAUCUUAAAGCUCACCUGCAAAGUGAGCAGCAUCAGGCUUUCUCUAAAAGUGAGGAGUACCUGGUGGUGGACAGAGUUAUCACAGGACUCAGCUGUGAUUUUCUACACAUCAGCCCCCAAAUAAAAAGGGUGAAGUGCAGCGUCACGUCCCCAAUCAUGGUCCCUGGACCAGCCAUUAGGAAGGAUGGAGAAAUGGGGGUUGAAGAGGAGGAUGUGACUGACGAGACCCCACUCUGGGGCUCUCAAAACACUGAGCGUUCAGUCCGCAAGCGCUCCAGAGAACUCUCCCAAGGUCCUAAAGGAGACUCGGCAGGACAAUCUGAUGCGUUUCAGAAAUCCCAGUCAAAGCGCGGAUCAUUUAAAUGGGACUCCAGUUCUAAUGCUGGUUUACCGAAGGCUUUGGCUACAUCAUUGUGUAACACCAGACAAGAUUGUCUUUCUGAGUGUUUGGACAGGACCAGGACCCCGUUACACACCCGUUUGGAACGAGGGACUUCACAAAGCAAUCGGCACGUUAGACUUUCAGAUCCUGCAGGGUUCGGUACGACCCGCAGUUCAUUGGCUGCAGGGACCUCUCACGUGGUGUCUGAGCAGUCUGCAAUGUCAGACUUUCAGACUGCACCAAAGUUACUCUUAGAUGUUGCAGAAUGUACAACCGAGAGACCUUUCUGUAAGGCCGGCAAAGCAACUGACACUAUGCAUUGUGGACCUGUCACACAGGAAAUGUCUUCUUCCAACACGGACAUUCCGUCUGGAGUCUUGCAAAGGAAAGUGCGGACGUUGAGGCGGAGACGAACCGCACCAUCGGAGCCCCUGUGUGGCCUUUCUGGUAAACCUGAAGAAUCCCAAAAUCUUCAGUGUCUGGGAAAAGAUUCUGAGUCUCAGAGACUUUCAGCAUCUGCCGUGGACUUAUGGCAGCUCUUCCAGUCCAGCGACGAUGUGGAGGAGGAUUUUAACGGUUUCUACAAUUAGUAGAAAAGGGACGUUGAAUAUGAAGAGUGUGUGUGUGUGUGUGUGUGUGUGUGUGUGUGUGUGUGUGUGUGUGUGUGUGUGUGUGUGUGUGUGUUGUGUGUCAAAUAAUCAAAUAUUUUCUCUGGAUCACUCAGAGAUAGUCCAGUUCCUAAAUGAAUUGCUGUCAAGAAGUGGUUAAUAUGGGACUGACAUAUUAAAUAUUAUAUAUUAAAACGAAUAAAAUAUUAUAUAAAGCUACAGAACAUAAAAAUCUUAUUCAGUGUGAAAUAAACCACAUAGUAAACAUAAAAUGUAUUUAGAAUGAGCAAUAUGGGACUUGCCUUACGAAUGAGAUCAACUAGUCAAGUUUACAAGUUUCGCAAUUAAACUAUAUUCAGACUCCACAUGUAGAAACUGUGAAUGUGAAAAAAUAAGUACACCCUAUGGAAAUGGUUGGCUUUUUUGACAUUUGGACAAGCAAACAUUUGAACAUUAUUGAAACAGUGCCUGUUAAUGAAGUUGAUAUACUUGAGUAAAACCACAAGGGAAACGAGCUUUUACAAUCAUUUGUAAAAUGAUUAAAAGUAAGUACACCCUUGGACUCAGAAGCUAGUAUUUGCCCCCUUUAGCAGAAUAACUGGCCUCAGACAGAUGGCCUCACAUUCUCUUCCAGCACUCUUUGAUAUGAUGUAGAAUUCAUAGUUGAAACAAUGAAUGCAAGCUGUCCAGUCCCUGAUGCAGCGAAGGAACGCCAAACCAUUACAUUUCCACCACCGUGCUUCACAGUUGUAAUGAGCUGCUUCCCCUGAAAAGCUGUCUUUGGUCUGUGCCAAACAUGUCUGCUGUUACUGUGGACAAACAGCUCGAUCAUUGAUUUGUCUGUCCAGAGCACAUUAUUCCAAAAGGCCUGGUCUUUGCAUAUAUGCUUGUUGGCAAACUGUAUUCUUGGAAAGGCUUUUUUCUGGUACGCCUCCCAUGCAGGUCAAAUUUGUGCAAUCUCUUUCUGAUUUUAGAAGCAUGCACUUUAACACCAACAUUUGCAAGUCUUACUAGCAAACCCUGUGAUAAAAUUUUGGGGUUGUUUGGAGAAUUAGCUGGAACGGCCAGUCCUGGACAAAUUGGCAAGUCGUUUGAAAUCAGUGCCAUUUGUAGAUUAUUUUCCUUACAGUGAAAUGAUGUAUUUCAAAAAAUUUGUACAUCCUUUUAAAUCCCUUUCGAGACUCAUAGGGAUCCAGGAAACAGAAUUGCAAUAGCUUUGUGUUCAUAAAGGAGUACUCCAGUGUUUCACAAUACUGAUAACGGUGUAAUCUUGUACAAUCAUUUCAACAUUUUUUUUCUUGUAGAAUGAAAAGGGGACAAAAAACUGUUUAUGAACAGGAUUCAACAACUGUCCUUAGACUUCCAUUGUAAGAGAGUUUGAGUAAACAUUUUUACACCACACCGCUGUCAAGUUCUCUGAUUGGUCGGAAAGUGUUAACUAAUUUUCUGUAACAGAAGCUCUGUAAUUUCAAUCACAAGCUUCUAUUAAUGUGCUCGUUCUAAUACGUUAUUGUUUCUAUAGAAACAGCUCAUUCACAGAGACUUCUAUGUUGGAAGCUCCACAUAAUCUACACCUAAACAGUCCAUACAGGAUUUCCCAGAGUUCUUUUUUUAUGAUUUGUUGCAGCCAAAAAUUUAUUUUAAAAAAUGUACUACUUAAACUGACAAUUGUUUUGGAAGGACUUUCGCAGUGGCGGUUGUUUGGUAAAUGAGACCGUUUAGCUGUGCACAUGAAUCGAAGAGGCCUUUGCUUGUGGCCCAAAUCUGCAGUAAUUUUGAAAAAUUGCAAGCUCUAUAACAAGUUAUUCUUGUUAUACUUAUUCAAGCGAAAGGAAAUGGAGAGACUGGUGAGGGUACGACUGGUAGCUGUUAUGACGUACAUGAUCAUAGGAUUUAGCUUGUUUCUCGGGUGUUGACAAAUUUCUGUGGUAUGUGAGGGAAAUUACUCAUUUUUACUUUGUAAUAGUUUUAUUCUUGUUCUGUUUCAUUCUCAUCAGAGGAUAACGCCUAAGAAGGCCAUGUCACUGAGAUCAGUACAGAAAGUUUAUCUGCUUACAGAGACGCAAACAUGUUCUUCUGUUCAAGGUUCGUCUGCACAUCUUCCAAGACCCUAAAACAAAACCUGUUUGAACUGCCUCAAACUGCUUCUUAUCGGUACACAGAAUUAUGUCAUGCUCUGUGUUUUUUAUAUAUAUAUAUAUAUUAGUUAUAUAGUAGGGCUUUAGAGCGCACUCAUUUAUUCU